CAUAACUUUCUUCUUCCCUAUAUACUCCUCCCUUUGUGUGUAUAUACAUAUACAUACAGAGUGUGAGGGAAAAGAGAUAUACCCACCAACAAACAUAUAUAUUGAUCAAAUUCCUUCCCCAAAAUCACAUUUCAAAUCAAUUUUGAAGCAUCUCUGAGGUAAAAGGAGAUUGAAAAAACUGUCUUCACGCUUGUGUAGCUAAAAUAACCUUAUAUGGGUUGAAGGUUGAAUUUUUUCAGCUGUUUGUUUUGGGAAAAUCAACAGAUGGGUAUUAAGGAUUUGGGAGAAAUUAGGUGAUUCCAAUAAAGGGUCUUUUGAAAUUUUGGAGUUUUUUUGAAUUGGAUUUGUUCAGAAAUGGAGUCUAAUGCUAUAUCAGAUAUGCGAUUAGAACCGAGCAUUGAUACAGAUAAGCUAAGUUACGAGAUUUUCUCUAUUCUAGAAAGCAAAUUCUUAUUUGGUUACGAUGAUCAAAAGCUUUGGGUACCUAAAAAUUUACCGUCUCCGGUUGAAGAUAACAAAAACGACGGCGUUUUAACCACAUCAGCGACGGAGAAUAUUCAGGCGAUUAAGAAUCAACGAGGAAAAAUAUGUAUCCUCAGCAUUGAUGGUGGUGGAAUGCGAAAUAUAUUAUCAGGUAAAGCUUUAGCGUAUUUGGAACAAGCGUUGAAGGUUAAAUCGGGGAAUCCAGAAGCUAGAAUCGCCGAUUAUUUCGACGUUGCUGUUGGUUCCGGCGUCGGAGGAAUUUUCACGGCGAUGUUAUUUUCAACGAAGGAUCAAAACCGUCCUGUUUUCCAAGCUGAAGAUACAUGGAAGCUUCUAGAGGAACAAGGUAGAAGAAUUUAUCCUUCAAAAGGGUCAAGUUCUGCCGGAAAUGGUUUUCUCCGGCGAGUUUUCCGAGGCGGCGUAACCCGUUCAGAUACUUCCGGUUUAGAGAAAGUGAUGAAAGAAGCAUUUAUGGAUAAAAAAACCGGUCGAAGCCUUACGUUAAAGGAUACUCUUAAACCGGUUUUAAUCCCCUGUUAUGACCUUUCAAGUACGGCGCCGUUUUUGUUCUCCCGAGCUGAUGCUUUCGAAUCGGAAAGCUUUGAUUUCCGGUUAUGGGAAGUUUGCCGAGCUACAUCAGCUGAACCGGGACUCUUCGAACCGGUUUGUAUGAAAUCCGUCGAUGGAAAAACCGGGUGCGUGGCGGUUGACGGCGGUUUAGCUAUGAGCAACCCGACGGCCGCCGCGAUUACUCACGUUCUUCAUAACAAACAGGAAUUUCCUUUUGUUAGAGGUGUUGAGGACAUUUUGGUCCUUUCACUUGGAACAGGGCAGCUUCUAGAAGGAAGCUUCCAAUAUGAACAUGUCAAAAAAUGGAAGGCUAAGGACUGGGCUAAGCCAAUGACCCGAAUCUCCGGCGACGGAGCCGCUGAUAUGGUUGAUCACUCCGUCGCCAUGGCGUUUGGGCAAUGUCGGAGUAGUAACUACGUCCGCAUUCAGGCUAAUGGAUCGAGCUUCGGUCGUUGUGGGGUGAACAUAGAUGCUGAUCCAAGUCCUAACAAUGUGAAAAAGCUUGUGGGAAUUGCAGAUGAAAUGCUGAAACAGAAAAAUGUAGAGUCCCUGCUAUUUGGUGGUAAGAAAAUUGCAGAACAAAGCAAUUUCCAGAAACUUGAUUGGUUUGCUGGAGAACUUGUACAAGAGCAUCAGAGGAGGAGUUGCAGGAUAGCUCCCACUGUUGCAUUUAAGCAACAUCUCACAAAUCAAGAAAAAUAAAUGAAAAGAUCAAAAAAGAAAGAUUUGGUAAGUUUUCUUUUUAUCCCAUCUUUCCCAUGUUGUAUGAUUUGUCCACUGCCAUCAACUUGUACUAUAUAAAUUUUAGUAAAAUUUUAUAUAAAUAUACAUAUUUAUAUGAAGU